CGAACUCUUCACGGUAUUCUACAUUUGCACAUUCUUCUCCCUUUCCCUCCUCUGAAUGACCACCAUACCGUCCAGCACACCUCCAAAGGAUACCAACAACGGAACAAAAGUCGAAUCCACAUUACAGAACCGUGGCACUGCUUCGAGGACUAUGUUCAACCAGUACGAGAGGGCCUAUCUACCAGCAAAAGUAAGAUCUAUUGAAAUCGAUCUGAAAGGCAGACAAAAAGUCGAAUUCGUGUCCCUGCUCAAGGCCCUGCUCGCGAGGAUGUUGCUAGGUGAAUCUGCUGACGGGAAGGAUAUGGUGGCCUUGGACACAGCGAAAUCCGACGCCGACCAGCUCUUUGAUGAGAUGCUUGAAGACGCUGUCAAUUUCUGCAAUUCUAGUCUUCCGACGUCAGCAAAGACCUUGCCGGAGCUCUCAUCAUCAGAGAUUGCCGUAGAGACCAAGCCCAAGAUGCAGACAUCGACCCGGUCGGAGACAUCGGAAACGAUGAAAUCCCACCUCAAGGACUUUUGCCAGGCAAAGUCCAGGAAGCAACGUUCCCUCCCAAUCUCGACCGCCAUAAAUACCAUUAUGGUUGAGUAUGAUGGGCGACCCUUUGGCCGGCUACCAUGCUUAGACGACCACCACCGAAUCAUCGUCAUUCCAAAUGAUCCCCUGGUCAUCGAAUCCCUGCAACUCCGUAAGGACUCACCGGCAGCGAAGCGCAAGCCCGAUAACAUCAUCGUCCAACUAUCUCACCUCCUCAAGCUCGAUGAUACGUGCAAAGAUUCUGAUUAUAGAUCCUGGGUACAGUCGGUCGAGACCGAGUCUGAGAAGUGCAAGUGGGCACAGAAAGGCACUGACAAAAAGACAAGUUGGCUGGACGUUCAUUGUUCCAUCGAAUUGGACACGCACAGAGUCAUUGAAAGUGCGCCGCUUGAUCAGCCUAUGUCCAAGGACCAGGUGUUGGGCGGCACUUCUUCCACUCCCGCAUCUGAUGUUCUACAGUCUAGUGACCGAAAGGGCGAAGUUGAACGUCAAUUAUCCAGUCAACCUUCGAGUUCUUCCAUUGGAGCUGCUUCUUCCUGCAGCUGUGAGAAGAAGCGUAAUCAUACAGAGGUGGAGGAGUCAGAAACUGAAACGACGUCCUCACACAAGAAGCGCAAGACAUCGGAUCCCGAUCCACCCCGCUUUCCCGCAGAGAUUCAGUGCGCGUAUUACGCCAUCGAGCGUCUUCGAGCGGCAUGGAAUGUCACCCAUAGCAUCGUUCUUCUACUUGAAGAUAAUAUGCUCAGUCUUCGGUGGUACGACGCCGAGGGCUGCAUCGUGACACAACCCAUCGACAUCAUCGGACGACUUCCACUGUUUGUGGUGAUGGUCAUUAUUCUCCAACGGUUUGAUGCUACGAUGUGGGGAUUCUCUGACGUCCAGAUAUCUCAAACGACAGAGAACGGACCAGUCUCCUUCUGCCUCGAGUCCGACAAAGCCAAAGGAACGCGUUUCCAACUUGUGGGACGCCGAACAUUUGGGGCAGAUGUACGGUCGUCUGACGUGGCUACCUCCCAUGUUCUUGACAGUUCCGGGCAGUCGAUCACUCCUCAAGGGCCCCACGAUGCAUCAUCCAAUGCUCCCAUUACCACCUCGGUGCCGCCCAGUCCUAGUUCCAUCCUCAAAGCCUCGAAUACUCCUCAAAAGGCAUCGUCGAGUUUUCCAGUGCGACAACAAAGCUCCCAGAACGCUCCCUCCGACCUUCCAGGUUCGACUAGGAAAUCACACCCUUUAUUCUUCAAGGCAGCAUGGCCGGAGAAUUCCCAAGAUAGGGAACCUCAGAUUAUCGCAGAGGCUAUUUCUAGGGCGAAUCAAUAUCUUGGAGAAUUUAAGGCGUACGUUCUUGAGCACGUUCCGACGGUCGUCAGCUGGCAAGAGGUCAAGUUUACAUCGACUGCCAUUAUUCGUCAACUCCUCGGUCUCCCUGUUGAGCGCUCACGUACCCUGCUCUGGAUGGUCUGUCACAAACUAUGCCCUAUCGAGAAAUGUAAUGGACAGGAUUUCUGGAAGGGAUUCUGGGAGCUCAUCCGUUGCCAUUAUCUGCUCUGGUGCAUUGGUGUAGCACAUGGCGACAUCAGUAUCAACAAUUUGAUGUACGAUGCCGUUACUAAGAAGGCAAUUCUGAACGACUUUGACCUGGCUGCGCUUAUGGAUCCUGGAGACGUAUCACCACAGAAAAAAGGCUGGGAGCGGACGGGGACGCAACCGUUCAUAGCGCUGGAAUUGCUGGACAAGGCCGAUGGUUCGGUUAAGCGGAGGUAUCAGCAUGACCUCGAAUCCUUUGCUUGGUGCCUCGUAUGGCGUGCAAUGGAUGACACGUUCCCCCGCGAGACAAUUCUUGGGUCAACAGCAGACGCCGUUGCCCACAAAACGAGUUUGGGUAUAGGCGUUUGGAAGAAAACCGCUAAACCGGGCUUUGAAGGAAUAUGGCCUUGCAUUGUGGAGUGGAUUCGGGCCUGGGUCGGGCGAUCCUGCUCGUUUAUGCCAGCGCUUGAGGAUGGCGGGGACUUUGUCAGGGAAUUUGCGGAUAUCGUCGGUAAACACGAGCAAGCAGUUCCAUUGAAUGACCCACAGUUGAAAGUGGGUAGACUUUCAGGUUCCUCUACAGGCACCGUCGUCGUCGAAGGACGCGAACACGGGGGAUGUGACUGUGUUGUAUGCAUCGUAGUAAUUGUUGUUAGGACAUUUUGAAAUGGCAUUGGCUUGUAUUAUACCUUCCCUUUUCAUAUCGCAGUUGUACAAGCCCUCUUCGCUCGAAAGUCUUCUAGUGGAAUUUAUUUGUGGCAAGGUACCUGGAAGGGCACUACUAGCAAAAAUGAGAUGAAG